UUGUGCUCUGUCCUUUCGUUCUCAGACACACGGCUAAUAUGAUCACCGGUAGGGACAGCGACAUGAGCUAUCUUUCAUCUGCCCGACUCAAAAAUGGCGGUAUGAAAAUCCCGGGCUAUAGGUCGGUUGCAACCCGGAAGUGUCCUUCUAAAGGAGGCGACUGUGAGACAAUCCGGAAGUGCAUGUAAUGAGGAGGUGCCACUUGGCGGCCAUGGCAGCUGUAGUACUGGCGGCUUCGGGUCUAGGCCCGGCUGAGUGGAGUAGUAGGGACAAUACCGGUUGUAGGGCAGAGACAGCUUUGUAUCAGCUUUGCUGCUGAACCUUAACGACCUUAACGUGGGGAUUUACAGAACUCCUUUUCCCUAUUCUACAUUCGGAGAAGAGUUUUUCGGGACUGGUGGGCUGGUCCCAGCCCUGGAGGGGGAAUCACCGGCGGGGCUGCCCGGGGGAGCCAGGGGUGCGGGCAGAACAAACAUUCGCUUGAGUUGUCUUCCGUUUCCUUUCUGUCACCUGGGGCGGUUUUUUCUUUUUUUUCGUUUUGAUAGGGGGGACCGGACCCGUUGUGUCGCCCUCCUUCCAACGUCCACUGGCAGAUUUUUCUCCAUUGACUUUGCCCACCUCUCACUGUUCGAACUCACGAAAAUCUAGUGACUGGCAUCUGAAAAUCUAGGGACAGAAGCCUAAGGUUGCUUGCUGAAAGUUCUCUUUGGUGCUAAUAUCAGCAGAAAGGGGCCGUCUCCAGCUGCGUUCAGGAGCAAGGUGCCUCGCGAACAGAUCGGCCGGUGGGGCUACGAAGGACCUGGGAAACCCACUCGUUACCUGGGCUUCGUCACAGGCGCUUAAGCACCUAAAUCACCUUUGGAAGCCACUGACAAUUUUUAGUCUGGUAGUGGUGGGUGGAUAAAGGAGCGCAGAAUGGAUGACUUCUUCUCCAUCAGUUUGUUGUCUCUGGCUAUGUUGGUGGGCUGCUACGUGGCUGGAAUCAUUCCUUUGGCUGUUAAUUUUUCAGAGGAGCGACUAAAACUGGUGACUGUUUUGGGUGCCGGCCUCCUCUGUGGAACUGCUCUGGCAGUCAUCGUGCCAGAAGGAGUACACGCACUUUAUGAAGAUAUUCUUGAGGGAAACCAUCACCAACCAAGUGAAACCCAGAAUGUGAUUGCGUCAGCCAAAGAGACAGAUGCGCGAGUUGCCCACGAACAUGAACACAGCCAUGAGCAUACACAGCUGCAUGCUUAUAUCGGUGUCUCUCUCGUGCUUGGCUUCGUUUUCAUGUUGCUGGUGGACCAGAUUGGCAGCUCCCAUGUGCAUUCUACUGAUGAUCCAGAAGCAGCAAGGUCUAGCACUUCGAAAAUCACCACCACUCUGGGUUUGGUCGUUCAUGCAGCAGCUGACGGUGUUGCUUUGGGAGCAGCAGCCUCUACUUCACAGACAAGUGUUCAGUUAAUUGUGUUUGUGGCGAUAAUGCUACAUAAGGCACCAGCGGCUUUUGGGUUGGUGUCUUUCUUAAUGCACGCUGGCCUGGAGCGGAACCGCAUCAGAAAGCACUUACUGGUCUUCGCAUUGGCAGCACCAGCUAUGUCCAUGAUGACGUAUUUGGGACUAAGUAAGAGCAGUAAAGAAGCCCUUUCAGAAGUCAAUGCCACUGGAGUGGCCAUGCUUUUCUCUGCUGGGACAUUUCUGUAUGUUGCCACAGUACACGUCCUCCCUGAGGUGGGCGGAAUAGGGCACAGCCACAAAACUGACCCUGCUGGAGGGAAAGGCCUCAGCCGCUUGGAGGUGGCAGCCCUGGUCCUAGGUUGUCUCAUUCCACUUAUUCUGUCAGUGGGACACCAGCACUAAAUAUUGGGAUUCCAGCCUCUUUGACUGCUUGCCAUCCAGUGAGAAAAGUCGGACCUGACAAUUGCUCACUUCCUCAGUCUCUCGUCUCGCCUUGCCCAUCUCCACCUGUAUUCCUAGUGCCCGGAGGGAGGUGAGACUAAAAUCUGGAGCAAUGGAAAGCAUUUAGAAUCAAACAACACAUGAUAGGAUCCAUUUGGACAUCCAUUGUGUUGUCUUUUAAAUGGUCCUUGGCAUUCAGAGUUUUGAUGUUUCUCUUCACCCUAUUCUCAGGGAAGAUGGAAUUUAGUUUUUAAGAAAGAACGAAUAACUUCAUACCGUAGUGAUUAUGACAGAAGUACAGUAUUCAGCUAAAUCUUUCUUAGUUAGAGAGACUCUGCCACUUGACCCAAUAAUUUUUAACGUGGUUCCUACCAUGUAAGAUUGGUGCUUUAGCAUCUACGCCGCAUGCCUUGAUAGAAGGCUGUCAUGCCCACUGUCUCAGAUGCUAAAGGCAAGUAUAGUGAAUUUGAGGCAAGAGUCAGAAAAGUGAUGGCAAGUCACACAUUGACAGCUUACUUUACACUUGAGAGAGAUCCAUUAAAAAGGGAAUGUGUCUCAAGAGAUGUAUACACCUUCUUUUGCACGUGUCUCUCUUGAGAGAGAGCCAGCCGUUCCACUACAUGGAACAACAGAGGUGAACUCAUUGCUCAAGAGGCUGCUAGUAUUUUGUAGUAUUUCUUUUCAAGUUCUCCUUUGCAGGAAAGUCCUGCCUCCAACCCGUCCUUAUAUAGGAGCCAAGUUUGAUUAAUUUCAGGCCUAGGCUUUCCUUUAGGAACUGUCAGAUCGCAAAGUAUCUUGGGAAAGUAAGAAGUGUUAAAUUUUAAGUGAAUUUGAAUAACUACCAACAUUUUUGUAGUAACCUUUUUUAAAACUAAGAUUAUGGAAAUCUGUGUUGUGGGGCCAGAGAAACAGCAUAGUGAUUAUGCAAAAGACAGUCAUGCCUGAGACUCAGGUCUCAGGUUCAGUCCCCAGCACCACCAUGAAACAGAGCUGAGCAGUGCUCUGGUCAGAAACAAGAAAAAGAAAAAAAAAAAAAUCUGUGUUAUUCUUUUUUUUUUUCCAUUUCACUGUUUAUCUUAGUAGACCAGCAGUCUCUCUAACAAUUCUUGGUUUCCAGGGGGAGAGCUAGGUCAGAGACACAUAAAUAAACACUUGUCGCAGUAAAGUGAGUCAGGUUAUCACAGAUGAAACUUGUUUGCCUAUUGAUUUAAUGCUUAUUGAUAUCAUGUUUUACCUCUUGUCUUUUCCAUGAUUUUCUCCUACCUUUUUCCUCCAGCCCUUCCUUCCUACAAUAUGCUGCUUUUGCUGGUGGCAAUGUUAAUACUUGUGUAAGUUGAGUUCUCAUCAGGACAACCACUUCUUGAACUGUGAUGAUGACGAUAAUGAUGAUUAACCUAUUGUCUCCGUUUUUUAUUCCCUUCAAUGAAGUUACCUUCGUGUCAAAUGCAGCUUUGUUAAACCCUUAAAAUGUCACUUCCUCAUAUGUGAGAUGACACAAUCACUGAUAUUCUAGUAAUUUAAAUAAUUGAAAUAGCUAAAGUGUUUAACAAUCUGGGAUAAUUUUUCCAUAUUUGCCAAAAAUCCCUGUAAACUUUUGUGUUAUCAAAUAAGUAUAUAAUGUUAUAUUAUUAAUUUAUUUUGACUUUCUGUAUCCUUUCAAAUACUUCAAGAGGAAAACAGGAUUAUCUGCUUUGGGGUAGUGAAUUUAAGAAUUAGCAAAAGCAUUUUCUAUGACUUACAAGCCAGCAUGCAUCUGAUUUCUUUAUUUCCUUUUUAGAUUUAUCACUUGGUCAACAGCUAUGGAAAUAGAACUUGCAAGUACUCUUCUGGCUGUAGACCAAAGUAACAUAAAUAGGAUAUGGUUUCAUACAGUGGCUGGCAACCAUGGCAUACAAUAUUAAAUAAACAGAAGAUACAAUAUGGAAAGUCUAAGAGAUUUUCCUGAUAACAACUCUAACUUAAUGGGGUUUCAUCUGGUCCUUCAGAAUGACACAGUUGCCUUGAUUCUCCUUGGAAACUUAAUCUUGUUAAAUAAAGAGCACAUUUUAGUGUCUCGUUUGGAUAGUAGCACUUUCUAUCAUAUUACUGUGUGCAAUGAUCAGAAAUGUGUUAUGUUGGCCAACGCCUCUUUCAGCCGUGCCUUGCCAUCAAGCUUAAGAGUUUGGCUAGAAUAUCUUGCUGUGUAGGGCUUUGAACUCUGGCAAGGAUCAAAUCAUCUAGCUUCCAUAUUUGCCUUCCCCUCUACAUGUCCCAUUAACAAGCAACCUGUAAGACCUGUCAGCUCUCAAAGCUAUAUGCUUUCCCAGAUUUUAAAGCUGCUGCCUCAGGAAUGAUUUAUCUUCUGGUCAGCAGGCAGAAAUAGCCAUAUUAACCUCAUAGGGCUCAAAUACAUCUUCAGCAGCUGAGGACCAAGAAGUAUGACAGAGGCCUCCUUCACGGGGAGAGAACUUGCUCGUGUAGGACACCUUGUCCUAGUGGAAGCCACACGGGCGAUUUCUUACUGGCACAUCUCAGCAUAGUCCUCCCGUUCAAACCUGCCUCCUCCUUAGAUGUAGUUAGUUGCCUUAAUGCUCUCACAUGUUGAAAACCUAGACAAUACUCAAGUUGUUGCCAUGAUUACAGAUAGAUUUAUUGGCUACCAAAGAGAUGCAAUUGAUGAUGAAAAACAUCGUCCUUCACAACCAAAGUUGUGACUCCCUUUCCUGGGUAGGGGUAGACUUUCUUCAGAUUCUAAGUUCUCUUAAAUGGCAAAUGAACAUAAAUUUACUACUGACUUCCCUCACUUGAUUCCCUAGUAAUUUUAAAAUUACUGUUACUAUUUUUUAACCAGAGUACUGUUAAGCUCUGUGCUUACGGUGAUGCAGGGGAUUGAACUUGAGACAUUGGAGCCUUAGGCAUGAAAGUCUUGCAUAACCAUUGUGCUAUUUCCCCUCCACCCCAGUAAAUUGUUUACUGUCCUUAUCUCCCCAAAGCAGCAAUGUUUCAGUUCUGACAGCCUUUCUGUGCAUGUUACACAAGUUCCUUAUUUAGGUAGAGGGUAUGUGCUGGAAUAGAGAGAGUUGUAAAUGAAACUAUCUUUCAUCUUUUUAUUAACCUAUUCAAAAAAGCCAAGUCAGCCCAUUGUCUAUAUUUUGAAUUAUUAGAAAAAUGAGAGGUGAUUAUUUGGUAUGGUUGGGUUUCUUUUGUUGUUGUUUUGUUUUCUGUAGAAAGGUGGAAAUAUAUAUAUAUAUAUAUAUAUAUAUAUUUUUUUUUUUUUUUUUUUUUUUACUGACCUCAUCCCAAGUGUCACUGCCUGUUUUCUCUCUCUCUGUGUCUCUCUGAGGAUUAUAAUUAGGAGGGCACAGCAACAUAAAGAGUGCAUCAGGCCCCCUUCAGACACAUGGUAGGUAGAUAUUGAACAUGGGGACUGUGUCAGUGGCACAAGCCACCGAAGAACCUCCCUACAUGUGGGGCCCCUGGGUCUCUUGGGAGACUGAAAAUAGUGCCCCGGUUUAUCCAGAAUUGCUGCUGUGCAAGGUGAGAGAGCCCUCUGUAGCUACUCUAUAGAGGACCCUCUUCUUGCAUUAGAAGGUUUCUGCUCCAUACCUAAUGGCCUGCAUUGCUCAGACACUGUGGAGGUAACUAUGAAAUUAGACCAGUCCCCACCUGCAGGGGAGUCACUUCACAGGUGGUGAAGCAGGUCUGCAGGUGUCUAACUUUCUCUCCCCCCUCUGUCUUCCUCUCCUCGCUCCAUUUCUCUCUGUCCUAUCCAACAGCAACAAUAUCAAUAACAGCAACAACUACAACAAUAAUAAAACAAGGGUAACAAAAAGAAAAUGAAAAAGAAAAAAGAAAUUAGACCAGUGCUGAUGUUGCCCCUUUCUACCUGGGACAUCUGGAUUCACCACGGGAGACCUGAGGGAAGUUUAUGGCCAACAGGAAAGGACUAGACAAACUCUAGGAAUUCUCUAUACUCAGCCGAAAGCAUCUUCUAACCAACUUGGAAAUCUUACGGGGUGUUACAGUGCAAUUUCCCUGGCUCAGUUGCCUAAACAGUGGUUUUAAAUACUCCCUUUCCUGAAUCCUUUGUAAACAUGAAAUCAUUCCAUGGAUGGCUGCCUUAUAAUUUUGUCUCGUUCCACUUUGAUUGUGAAUGGCUAAAAAGGGUAUGUUUUUUUUCUUUCUGUUUUUUGAUUUGGUUUAUGAUAUUAAAUUUUUCCUAGUGCAUAC